GAGGGAAAGAGAUCCACCCCUGGGUGUAGCUGGAUUCACUGAAGAAUAGAAGUUAAUAGCUGCUCCCAACAAUGGCCUCCACUCUCUAUUUGUCACCCAGUGGCUGAAUAUAAAAGAGGCCCCAGAGCAAAGUGCCAAGCAGAUGAAUGCUUCUGACUGCUUGAUACCUUGGGGGUCUUCUACAAGAAACCUAUUGCUUGAUUCAGCAUCAUGAGCACUUCUCACCUAAGCAACAGAGCCGAGAGCCAUUUCCAAGCACAAGAAGAACAUGAACUGGAAACUCUGGGGAAGAAAGCAUGGGACAACCCAGCUUACAAUGGAUCCCCUUCCUCGUCCUCCUUGAAAAUCAGAGCCAUCUACAACCCAAAAUCCAUUUUGGAAAAUCCCUACGAGAACAUCGAAAAACUGACUGGCUCCUUAUCCUACCCAAAGGAUAGAAAGGCUACCGAGGAAGCAAGGAAGAAGGAAACCCCCUUCCCAGGAUGCUGCUACUAUGUCUUCAAAGGCAUCCGAGGGCUUUGGGGCACAACCUUGACUGAAAAUACCAGUGAGAAUCGAGAGCUUUAUGUGAAGACUACACUGCGUGAACUUCUGGUCUAUAUUGUAUUCUUAGUGGACAUCUGUUUGUUGACCUAUGGGAUGACGAGUUCAAAUGCCUAUUACUAUACCAAGGUGAUGUCUGAACUCUUUCUGCAGACUCCUUCAGACAGUGGUGUCUCCUUCCAGACCAUUGGAAGCAUGGCUGACUUUUGGCGAUAUACACAAGGACCUUUCCUGGAUAGUUUGUAUUGGACUAAAUGGUAUAACAAUAAAUCUAUGGGCCACAAUGCACAAUCAUAUAUCUAUUACGAGAACUUACUGCUUGGUGUCCCACGGCUACGACAACUCAAGGUCCAGAACAACUCAUGUGUGGUGCAUGACGAUUUCAAAGAAGAUAUUGCUGGUUGUUAUGAUGUCUACAGUGAAGAGAAAGAGAACACAUCACCCUUUGGACUCUUGAAUGGGACAGCGUGGCAAUAUUACACAGAGCAAGAACUCGAUGGCUCUUCCCACUGGGGCAGGUUAACAAGUUAUAGUGGAGGAGGCUAUUAUGUAGACCUCAAAAUAACCCGGGAAGAAAGUGCCGAAACUCUGCAAAUCUUGAAAGAAAAUCUAUGGCUGGAUCGGGGCACCCGUGCUGUUUUUAUGGACUUCUCCGUGUAUAAUGCCAACAUCAACCUGUUCUGUGUGCUCAGGUUGGUGGUGGAAUUCCCGGCCACUGGGGGCGCCAUUCCCUCAUGGCAGAUCCGGACCGUGAAACUCCUCCGGUAUGUCAGCACUUGGGAUUUCUUCAUUGUCUCUUGUGAAAUUGUCUUCUGCAUCUUUAUCUUCUAUUAUGUUGUGGAAGAAAUCUUGGAACUGCACAUUCACAGGCUUCAAUACUUCACCAGCAUCUGGAACAUUUUGGAUAUAGUGGUCAUUUUGCUUUCUAUUUUAGCCAUUGGAUUCCACAUUUUUCGUACCAUUGAAGUCAACAGGUUGAUGGGGCAGCUGCUAAAAAACCCCAACAUCUACGCAGACUUUGAGUUUUUGGCUUUUUGGCAAACCCAGUACAACAACAUGAAUGCUGUGAACUUGUUCUUUGCCUGGAUCAAGAUAUUCAAAUAUAUUAGCUUUAACAAAACAAUGACCCAGUUGUCCUCCACUCUUGCUCGAUGCGCCAAGGACAUCCUGGGUUUUGCCAUCAUGUUCUUCAUUGUCUUUUUUGCCUACGCGCAACUGGGCUAUCUCCUUUUUGGAACCCAAGUGGAAAACUUCAGCACCUUUGUUAAAUGCAUCUUCACACAAUUUCGCAUCAUACUUGGCGAUUUUGACUAUAACGCUAUUGACAAUGCCAACAGAAUCUUGGGACCCAUAUAUUUCGUCACUUACGUCUUCUUCGUCUUCUUUGUGCUAUUGAACAUGUUUCUGGCUAUCAUAAAUGACACCUACUCAGAAGUAAAAGAGGAACUUUCAAACCAGAAGAAUGAACUGCAGCUAUCAGACAUCCUGAAACAGGGCUAUAACCGGACACUGAUGAAGCUGAAGCUGAAAAAAGACCGAAUCUCUGAUGUGCAGAAAGCUUUGCAGAAAGGAACCAAAGAGCUGGAAUAUGAAGACUUUAAGAACAGUUUGAGAGAGCUGGGUCAUGCAGAACAUGAAAUAACAGCAGCCUUUGCAAAAUUUGAUAAAGAUGGUAACCAGAUCCUUGACGAAGAAGAGCAGAAGAGAAUGCGGAAUGAUCUGGAGGAGAAGAAAGUCGCUCUGAAUGAAGAAAUUGAAAAUUUGGGAAAAUCUUUCAAGGACAACACUUUAGACAAUACUCUUGGUUUUGCAGAGGCGAAGAAUAAUCAAGCAAACAAAACCAGCCGAAUUUCUGAGGAAGAAUUCCAAAUACUCCUGCGGCGAGUGCUAAAGUUGGAGACUUCUGUUGGUGGCAUCAUAUCCAAGACAGAAGCCUUGGUAGUUAAAUUGGAAGACCUUGAAAGGAGCAAAAUGAAGAAAAAAGACUGGGUACCUGAGGGAGACCAGGUGAUUCAAGAAAAUCUGGCUCUACAGACUGCCGAACGUGUUGUUGCAGAAGAAAGUGGAUUGGAAGCAGCCCACGUGCAGGAGAAUUAUAUCAGUGUGAACUCUCUGAAUAGGAGUCAGGGGGUCUACCCCCUUCUGUCCAGAUUAGACCUAUUAAACUCUCAAACUCCCAAGACCAUCCAGUUCAAAUCUAACAGGAACUUCUAGCUUAUUCCUAAAUACAUGCAGCAUUAAUUACCCUUGCUUUUUCACUAUAUUUAGACCAGUAAAGUAUUUAAUCAUGUUUUCAUCCAGCCUCUAGAAAUAUCUUUGCUCCUUUUUUUACAAAAAGGAACUUUUGGGGUAGGGACCCCAUUCAUGUCAGAACUGAGUGGGUGACUCAGUUUUAACCUCUUUCUAAACUCUAACUAGUCUUAUUGUUGGGUGAUUAAUACAGAAGGGACAAAGCAGAAGGAUCUUGGCAUAUUUAUCUACAGUAUUUGGCCCAGCAGUGAAAUCCGGCCAGACCUAUCUGGCUCGCGCGAGGUGGUAGGGCCGGCGGCAGGAGGCUCCGCCCACCCGCUGGGACGUCAUUGUGUCCUGUUUUUGACCCUCUGCACAUGCAGAGAAGGCUCUGCGCAUGCGCAGAAGAGGCGUGUGUGAGUGCAGCGAGCGGGCGCGCACGCUCACAUUUCCAAUCCGGUAGUGAAGAUAAGUGCAUUUCACCGCUGAUUUGGCCAUAUACGAACAAAUGAAAUUAAAAAGGAAACAUUUUCUCUGUUUUAAAAUUUGUAUUCCAUUGAUUUUAAAUCACCAAUUGGACUCAAAUUUUGCAUUAGGUUUUAAAGGUUUCAUAGUAAUCCCUGUAUUUGGCAUUGUCAGAAUUUGCAGGAAUUUUUCUGCACAGGUUUCACUUCUUGUAGGAAAACCCAGUCCAUAUUAGAAAUUGUAAUUAGCUGGUAUAUUAUUGUUACACCAAUAGUGCUAGGAUUCAAAUAUUCAAGUGACAAUUCUGAAACCUGGCUAAAGAUCUGCAUGAUGAUUAGCAAAUUUAAAUGGUCCAAUUUAUACAUAAGAAAGUAAUAUAUUAUACAUAUUAUUAUUAUAUUAUUAUAGUAUAAUAUAUAUGUGUACUAUAUAUUAUUUGCUGAUAAUAUAGUCAGUAGAUUUUGACCAUGGUAAAAUGUCAACAUUCCUGCAGUAUAAUAAAUAUAAGGAUGGGUAUGUAUCAUAGACACUAAAAAUUAAAAAAAAGUCAGUCAGUAGGUAAGGAUAAUAUGCACAACCAUUAACAAAACAUGUUGCCUUCUGUGGCUGAAGAUUCCUGGCAGUUAUUCAGAUGACAAAGUACAUGCAGCUAUUAUUUUCACACGGUGUACACAAGGAUUGCAAUCCACUGCCUUAGAUGCAUUCUUGAUUAUUAAAUCACUUCUCCGUGUCUAGUUAUCUUAUAAAUGUCCUGAAAUAGAAGUGCAAGUAUUUUUUAAUGUCCAGGCAAUGCAUCAAUCCAUUAUAUGCUAGGCAUUGUUAAUCUUUAACCUGCCGUCUUUGGCAGAUUUCAGAAGCAAAGCAAGGCUAGACCAGGGGUAUCAAACCCAAGGCCCGUGGGCCACAUCCGGCCCGCAGGGUGCUUAGAUCUGGCCCACCGGCCCACCCUGGAAACAGCAGACUGGCCCGUGGUGUCUCUGCCAGUGAAAACAGAGCUUGAGAGGGCUACACGUGGCUCUCCCGUGUUCCAUUUUCGGCCGUGACAGCCUCCUGCAGCUGUCAGCCAGUGAAAACAGAGCUUGGGAGGGCCACACGUGGCCAAAAAUGGAGCCUCAAUGAAUGAUGUCAAGCUGGCCAUGCCCCCCCCCCCGAGGUCAAACACAACCCUGAUGCAGUCCUGAACGAAAUUGAGUUUGACACCCCUGGGCUAAGUUAGUGCUUGGUUAACCUGGAAUUCUAGAAUGUGGGCUAGACUAGGCAACUGAAAGAGCACCCAAGAAAAAGCACUUCCAUGCAUUGUAUAGAUUUGCUAUUUGUCCUGACCUAGUGAAGCCCCAUUUAGUCCUGCUUGGAUAGAUCCUUUGUCAUUUAUGUAAACUGAUAUGACAAACCCUACGGCAUUUAGUAAAGGAACUAGAUUCAAUAAUGCCACAUUAUUCCAUCUCUGCUAUACCGUAGUAGUUCUUGUUGACCAAGAUAGUCUCCUCAAGCCAGCGAAGCAGUAAUUCUGAAGAACCUUUUCCUGUGUGACUAUUGUUGGUUGGUACAAUCGUCUGCGUUUUCGUUGUGACUUCUUGUAUUAGUGCAGCAAUAUUGUGCUUCUACUGAUAAUGUAUCAUGUACCUUGAAAAAAUGGAAACAUUUUUCAGGGAAGAACAUUGUUUUGUACUUUUUCUCUUCACACAAGGGAAGAAAACUCAAAAGAUUAGGGAGCCUGUGGGUGUUACUAAAGGUCACGAUCUUGGCGGGAGGAUGAAUGCACUAGUUUUGCAGACAACUCAUCCAUCACUUCCAUUUUCUUGUGUGAGAACUUUUCUUGUUCAGACAAUGAGGGAGAUAGCUACUACAGAAUAGGUUUACUGUACAUACUGUACUUUCUGCUUUAUUAAAUAAAUAAGGUAACAAUGA